CCUCCGACGAGGACCUUACUCUGCUCCCGUCAGACGACUCAAACCCAUCCUUGGACCUUCACAGGCUUCACCCCAUCAGGGGCAACCAAAAUUGGAUUGGGCUAGGGCAACCCAAAGUUCGGGGCCGGCCCUGCUCCGUCGGCAAGUCGCCAAACUAGUUCCUCGCGACGGUUUUCUCUUCGAUCCAUCAGUAUUUGUUCUCAAUCGAUCAAUGGCAGACCGUGGUGAAAGAGGUCGGCCGUCCAAAAAGCACAAGUCCUCGUCAAAAGCCGCUCAGGUUGUCGAAGAAGAAGAGCUCUAUUUCGGAGAAGAUUCGGAUGAUGAUAGGCGACGAGGAGAGACGAAGAAGAACGACUUCACGAAGCUUGAGUUGAAGCCUGAUCACGUUAACAGGCCCCUUUGGGCGUGCGGCGACGGCAGGAUAUUUCUUGAGACGUUUUCUCCUUUGUAUAAACAGGCUUAUGACUUCCUCAUUGCCAUUGCUGAGCCAGUGUGCAGGCCAGAGUCUAUGCAUGAGUACAACCUAACACCUCAUUCUCUCUAUGCUGCUGUGUCGGUUGGGCUUGAGACCGAGACAAUCAUAAAUGUCUUAAACAAGCUAUCAAAGACUAAGUUGCCGAAGGAGAUGAUAGAUUUCAUCCAUGCUUCCACCGCCAAUUAUGGGAAAGUGAAACUCGUGUUGAAAAAGAAUCGAUACUUUGUGGAGUCACCUUUUCCGGAGGUGCUGAAGACAUUGCUUAGGGAUGAUGUCAUAUCUCGUGCGAGGAUUUGUUUUGAGGGUCAUCAUGAAGGUGGUUCAUUUACAAUUAGCAAAACGGCUGGAGAAAUAGAAGGUGGCCAUGAUGAGUUGCUGAAUGGUGUAGACUUAGCUGCUGCUGCGGAAGAGAAAGAAACACAUUCCUUUGAAAUUGAUCCUGCCCAGGUUGAGAAUGUGAAGCAAAGAUGUUUGCCUAACGCCUUAAAUUAUCCUAUGCUGGAGGAGUAUGAUUUUAGAAAUGAUACGGUGAACCCAGACUUGAACAUAGAAUUGAAACCGCAAGCACAACCUAGACCAUAUCAAGAAAAGAGUCUCAGCAAGAUGUUUGGGAAUGGAAGAGCAAGGUCUGGCAUUAUUGUUUUGCCUUGUGGUGCUGGAAAGUCUUUGGUUGGUGUCUCUGCGGCAUGUCGAAUUAAGAAGAGCUGUCUUUGCUUAGCUACCAACGCGGUCUCUGUGGAUCAAUGGGCUUUCCAGUUUCAGCUUUGGUCUAAUAUAAAGGACGAACAUAUUUGUCGGUUUACAUCUGAUAACAAAGAAAGAUUUCGUGGCAAUGCUGGUGUGGUUGUCACCACUUACAACAUGGUUGCAUUUGGUGGAAAAAGGUCUGAAGAUUCUGAGAAAAUCAUUGAAGAAAUAAGAAAUAGAGAAUGGGGUUUGCUUCUUAUGGACGAGGUGCACGUUGUUCCUGCACACAUGUUCCGGAAGGUCAUUAGCAUUACUAAGUCUCAUUGCAAGCUUGGACUUACUGCAACACUAGUGAGAGAGGACGAACGUAUCACAGAUCUCAACUUUCUUAUAGGACCAAAAUUGUAUGAAGCUAAUUGGUUGGAUUUGGUAAAAGGAGGGUUCAUAGCUAACGUUCAGUGUGCUGAAGUGUGGUGCCCCAUGACGAAGGAAUUCUUUGCAGAGUAUUUGAAAAGGGAAAAUUCUAAAAAGAAGCAGGCACUUUACGUGAUGAAUCCAAACAAAUUCAGAGCCUGUGAAUUUCUGAUUCGCUUUCAUGAGCAACAACGUGGUGAUAAGAUUAUUGUGUUUGCUGAUAAUCUUUUUGCCCUCACCGCAUAUGCAAUGAAGCUACGGAAACCUAUGAUAUAUGGUGCAACCAGCCAUGCUGAGAGGACAAGAAUUCUUAAAGCAUUCAAAUGUAGCCCGGAUGUUAAUACAAUUUUCUUAUCUAAGGUGGGUGACAAUUCGAUAGAUAUUCCUGAAGCUAACGUGAUAAUACAAAUAUCAUCUCAUGCUGGUUCAAGACGUCAAGAAGCACAACGGCUGGGCCGUAUUCUUAGGGCAAAGGGUCGGCUCCAAGACAGAAUGGCCGGUGGAAAAGAAGAGUACAAUGCCUUUUUCUAUUCUCUAGUAUCUACAGAUACACAGGAGAUGUAUUACUCUACCAAAAGGCAGCAAUUUCUGAUUGACCAAGGCUACAGCUUUAAGGUGAUCACGAGCCUUCCUCCUCCUGAUUCAGGAUCUGAGCUCAGCUUCCAUACCCUACAGGAGCAACUUGACCUCCUCAGCAAGGUAUUGAGUGCUGGAGAUGAUGUGGUUGGCUUGGAGCAGUUGGAAGAAGAUGCUGAUGACAUUGCUCUACAGAAGGCCCGACGUUCUGUGGGAUCAAUGAGCGCUCUAUCAGGAGCUAGCGGGAUGGUGUACAUGGAGUACAAUACUGGCCAAGGCAAGAAGGGCCAUGGCAAGAGUAAACCAAAGGACCCGGCAAAGAGACACCAUUUGUUUAGGAAGCGCUAUAGCCAAGCCUAGAGAGAUUGUCGUCUUGCUGGAGUAAACUCCAUUGCAUGAAGCACUGAAAUCGGAUUCUAAUUUCUAAGUGCACGCUUUUCUAAUUGCUCUCGUCAUAUGCAUAUGCAAUCUUUUGUCGAUCAGGCUUGUGAGGGAAAGAUGUGUGUAUCUUCACUUCAACACGCAUGAGAAGUUUUGGUUGGUUGGGCUUUGGCGUAAGGCAUCCUGAUGCGGAGAAUGGCUGGUAAAUUCGGCCUUGUAAAUAUUUUACAGAGAGAGAUCAUGCGUAUCUUAGCUUAUAACGCUGCACAAAUGUAACUUGAAAAACCCAUGUUUACGACCGAAGAAGUUUUUGUUCUACAGAUACUUAAUUUGUUUAUCCAGCCUUUGCUUGGGGAAAAAAGACUACUUUUAAGGA